AAGCUCCGAUCUUUCACUCAUUUUCGUUCAAAUCUCUCGGAUUUUCGAUCUGGGCAUUCGUUUUUUCUCACUAUUUUUUUUUAUUUUUUAUUUUGAAGCGAUUGUUAAUCAUGGCGACCAAGAGGAGUGUUGGAACUCUGAAGGAGGCGGAGUUGAAGGGCAAGAGGGUGUUCGUAAGGGUCGAUCUGAACGUCCCUUUGGACGACAACCUUAACAUCACCGACGACACCAGAAUCCGCGGCGCCUUGCCCACCAUCCAGUACUUGAUCGGCUAUGGGGCUAAAGUCAUUCUCUGCAGUCAUUUGGGACGCCCGAAGGGUGUCACACCCAAGUACAGUCUAAAGCCUCUUGUGCCAAGGCUGUCUGAGCUUCUGGGAUUUGAGGUUAAGAUAGCACCCGACUGUAUUGGUGAGGAAGUUGAGAAAUUGGUUGCCGAGCUUCCAGAAGGAGGAGUUUUGCUUCUUGAGAACGCGAGGUUCCACAAGGAGGAAGAGAAGAAUGACCCUGAGUUUGCCAAGAAGCUAGCCUCUCUUGCAGAGGUGUACGUGAACGACGCUUUCGGUACUGCCCACAGGGCCCAUGCAUCCACCGAGGGCGUGGCAAAGUACUUGAAGCCUUCUGUUGCUGGAUUUCUUAUGCAGAAGGAACUUGACUACCUUGUUGGAGCUGUGGCGAAUCCGAAGAGGCCAUUUGCUGCUAUUGUCGGGGGUGCCAAGGUGUCAUCCAAGAUUGGAGUAAUUGAGUCCUUGUUGGAGAAGGUGAACCUUCUCUUCUUGGGUGGAGGAAUGAUCUUUACUUUCUACAAGGCCCAAGGCUAUUCUGUUGGAUCUUCCCUUGUGGAGGAGGACAAGUAUGACCUUGCCACGACGCUUCUCGAGAAGGCCAAGGCUAAAGGGGUGUCCAUUCUGCUCCCCACAGACGUGGUCAUUGCAGACAAGUUUGCUCCGGAUGCUAACAGCAAGAUUGUGCCAGCAUCCAGCAUUCCAGAUGGCUGGAUGGGAUUGGACAUUGGACCGGACUCUAUCAAAACAUUCAGCGAAACCCUCGAUACCACUCAGACCAUCAUCUGGAAUGGACCCAUGGGAGUUUUUGAGUUUGAGAAGUUUGCUGCUGGAACAGAGGCCAUAGCCAAGAAGCUGGCUGAGAUCAGCGGCAAGGGGGUGACAACCAUCAUCGGAGGAGGUGAUUCGGUUGCUGCAGUCGAGAAGGUCGGGCUUGCUGACAAGAUGAGCCACAUCUCAACCGGAGGCGGGGCCAGCUUAGAGCUUCUCGAGGGGAAGCAACUCCCCGGAGUGCUUGCUCUUGAUGACGCUUGAGCUCUUUGUCCACUCCUAGCUUUUGUUUUUUCUCGCUGUUUUAUGCCAUUACAUUGGUUGGUUUGUCAACCGGGAGAUAAAUUUCAUCUGUAGAGCUUGAACUUGUAGAGGCUAUAUAGAGUAGAUUUGAAUAAGUGUUUUUUUCUCAUGGUUAUCAUCAAAAUGAAGCAGUACUUUGGAGUUUGGAGGAAUGUUCUCUUUUUUGAA